CAAGCAGCAGGUUAGGUCUUAGGUCUUAUCCGCUCUUAGUACAAUAGUGCGCGGCGCAGUCCAGUUUUUACGGGAUCAUGUGACGCGCGUCUCCCAUGUGGUCCCAGCCGGAUUCGGAUUCGGAUUUGUCUACUUGACGUGCGUGAGACGCCCUCAACACGCGACUCAAUAUAUUCUGGCCAACUCGCGUCACGAUAACAACGGCAGCAGCGCCUGACACUGACACGGCCACGAAAAGCGUCCCCUAUCUGCGAAAGUCAAGAGAGAGAGAGCGAGGAGCCUUUGACAAGGUAAGGACCCGUUUGGAGGAGGAGGAGCGAGGCGCCUCAAAACUGGUUAUUCUUUGCACGAGCUACUUUCGAGUCGUUAUUGUCGUCAUUGUCGCGAGGCCAACACUGACGAGGGCGGGCGAGGCGACGAGCGAGGGAACGAGCAGCGACCAGCAGCUCGCAGGCAUGUCGCUUCCGUCGCAAUCGCAGCUGGCGGGCAGCAUGGAGCGCAAGCGCGUGGGGUCGGGGUCGUCGCUAGCGCCGUCGGCGGCGGCGGCGGGGCAGGCGCCGCUGGUGUGCCACGGGCACUCGCGGCCGAUCGUGGAGAUCGCGUACAGCCCCGUCACCGAUGACGGCUUCUUCCUCAUCUCCGCCAGUAAAGACGGCAAGCCGAUGAUCCGCAACGGCGAGACGGGCGACUGGAUCGGCACGUUCGACGGCCACAAGGGCGCCGUCUGGGGCGCCUGCCUCGACCGCCCCGCGCUGCUCGCCGCCACCGCCUCCGCCGACUUCACCGCGCGCAUCUGGGACGCGUUGACGGGCGACGAGAAGCACAAGCUGGAGCACAAGCACAUCGUCAGAACCGUCGACUUCUCCUCCGACUCCCGCCAGCUGCUCACGGGCGGGGCGGAGAAGGUGGUGCGCGUGUUCGACAUGGAGCGGCCCGACGCAGGGCCCACACUCUCUCUCGAAGGCAUGGCAGGGCCUGUGCGGUGCGCCAGGUGGCACAACGACGACCGCUGGAUCCUCGUCACGUGCAACGACGUGGCGGGAGUGAAGGUGUUCGACGCGCGCAGCAAGGACGUGGUGGGCGCGCUGCCCACGGACGGCGCGUGCCUGAGCAUGGAGCUGUCGCCCGCCGCCGCUGCUGCCGCUGACGGCGCUGCGUUUAUCACCACGGCGGACGGCUCCACCGUUAAGAUCUUUGACGCGCACACGCUCCAAGAGGUCAAGACACACCACUUGCCGCAUCAGGCGGAGUCAGCAUCGUACAUCCCCUCCACCAACCGCUUUGUGGCGGGGGGCGAGGACCUGUGGGUGCGAGUGUUUGACUACGAGACGGGCCAGCAGCUCGAGUGCCACAAGGGCCACCACGGCCCGGUGCAUUGCAUCCGCUUUGCCCCGGACGCGCUGUCGUACGCGUCGGGGUCGGAGGACGGCACCAUCCGCAUCUGGAAGCUCGCCACCGCCGCUGCCGCUGCCACUGCUGCCGCUGCCACUGCUGAUUCUGCUGCUACUGCUGCAGGUGGUGGUGCGGGUGGGAAGGGGGAGGGGUUGGAGCGCAAUGGAGUGAGCGGAGGGGUAGUGAGGGUGGGUGCAACGGAAGAGGUGAUUAAGAAGGUUGAGGGCUUUCAUAUAGCGGCCUCAUGACCUUCGUUGUGACUUGCUGUCAAAGACGUGUGCGUUGGCGGUUUUAGUGAUUUUAUUUGAUAUCUACCAUAAGAUUGAUUUGCUAUGUCCUGAUAUCCCCGUGAUUUCUCUCUUUAGUUAUCAUCGCGGUGUGUUUUGUAUGGAGA